GGCAGCACAAAAACUUUGGAAAGUCUGUGAUUCGUCACUGUGCUGCCUGCAGCCACGUCCUGCUCCGUGGAUUAUAAAGCCUCUAAAGCUCGAACACCUCCAGGACCUGGACCAAAAAACGGCUGCUUCAUUUCUGCCUCGGAACAAGGACGCUCCAUUUGACCAAACCACACCGGAGACGAAGCUUUUACCUACAAAAAGAUGGAGGGAUACCUGACAGUGCUCGUCCUGCUUCUCUGCACCACCUCUGCAGCCUCCGCAGCUUCAAGUCAGACAUGUGAACCAAAGGAGGUAAAGGACAGCCAAUCGAUGUACGUGAGCGAGAUCCUAACUGGAUGCUGGACCAAUUUUGUCAGAGAAGACAAGAUGGAGGUCCACAUCCUUAACCUGAUCUGGAGCAAGGAUCCAAACCUGUUCUCUCUGGAUUUCAACUACUCCAAGCCGAUGAUUUUUAUCGUCUCAUCUUCAGAAAAGUCAUACGGUCACCAGCAGAGCUCCAGCGAGGAUGUAAACCUUUAUAUAAGAAAUGAUUCUUUAAUUAGCAUGUUUGGUUAUUCUGGCAACAUCCACACGGAAGACUUCCCCUCCGACAGCGAGGAACUGGUGAAAUGGGCUGAGCAGAAGUUUGGGGGUGUGACUUCAUUCACUACCAUAAGAAAUCUGAAAACGCUGAAGCUGACUGGAACACAAGGAAACAAAAACGGCCCAUCUACUUGUUUACUAGAAAACGAAGAUGGGGUAAAGAAGCACUUCAUGCAGAUUGAAACAAACCCUUCAUGGCUCAAGUCUUGCUCUCUGCAGGAACAAAACACCGGUGAAGAUGAGCUUCACAUGAUAAACAUCCCAGAGAAUUCCAACAUUCGCAAUGUGUCUCUGCUCAUAAAACCUAUGAAGACCCGCGUGUUCCUGAGGGGCCCACAGGGAACCACGUGGACCAUCCUUAACUUACAAGAAGUCAUGUUUGGUUCUAACAAUGUCAUCCUGCUGCCCACAUCCAAUCACAAAAUCAGCCCAACGCACCAAAACUCACCAAACAGUGACCAUGCAGGGAAUGUGCAGAGGACAGCUCUGGAUUAUUUCAGUGCCACUCACUUCUGCAGCUACAGUGAAAUCACCCUAAACAGCACAGCUGUUUCUCUGAUUAUUGAAAAAGCACACAGCUCUGGAGGGGUUUCACCUACUGUUACAGUAACCAAACCAAACAGUGCCGUGACCACUAAUUCACCUCAUCAGAUGCCUUUCAAUAUGCAGUUCUUCUCCUCCCCAAAAUACUGGUCACCCUUGAACGCAGAAACCAAAGUCCAGUGUGACAAGAGAAUCUACGCAGAGAUUUCUGGAAGGAUUUUGGGAGACAUGGUGCUGACUAUGAAGGUGAUUAGCUGCUUUGUGCGCUCCAAGGGCUCGUGCCCUGUAGUGAAAGAGCUGCCCUUCAUUCCAGAGCCCUGCUCUGUGGACUCCUGUCACAACAGCACUCGACUCAGCUUCUCCUUAGAUCCGCUUCAAGAGCUGACAUCCACCAAGUGGGAUUUGGAGUGUUCCGUCAAACUUUGCCACAACGAGAAAUGUGGAGACGGAGGACAGGUGAGGAGGACCCUGGAGGUCACGCAGCCGUGCCGGCAACAACAAAACUCUCCAUGCAUUGAUUUUGGCCUGUCUGCUGUUCUGGGAAUUGCUUUUGGAGGCUUCCUGAUUGGAGUAUUACUUAUUGGAGCACUGUGGUUUAUCAAGAUUAAGACAGGGUACCCAGCUGGACUGGACAUGAGGUCAACUGCAGCUGGUCUUCCUGGAUGUCCCUGUUCAACAUCGAAGCGACAACCGGUCUCUACCAACACGUCUCCCUCUGAGAACAGCAGCGCAAACGCCAGCAUUGGAAGCACCCAAAGCACACCGACCAGCAGCAUGGCAUGAGAUUAGUUUCUUGUUCCAGCGGGGCCACCACCUCCCUUCAAAGUCACCUAUAUGGAUCUGUGUCUCCCUCCGCUCCCUACUCCCUUUUAAAUUCUUGUUUGAAAAGCACAAAUGAUGUCUUUGACAUAACACAUCUGAAAUGGAUGUGAUCUGGGAGUUUGUUGGUGUAGAUGGGAAGGGCUGUUUGAUGAGUAACCAAAGUCUUUUUUCAUUAGCUUCAGAAGUUCACCUUUGCUGCCUCUCUGUAAAGUCAAACUUUUAGACAGGAAGUUUAAGAGGCCAAGAAGAAAAAAAACCUGGCUCCAAGAAACAGGAAAAACAAACCAUAUCCCCCAAGAGCUAACAGGAAAUUCACCACAUUCCAUUUAAUGAAUUGUGCUCGUGUGAUGGGAGCAAAAUAAUAGUCAUACAGGAGACAAACCGGUCCAACUUCGAAAAAACAGAUGAGAAGCUGUUUUGCGAACAUCAAAGACACAAAAACACGAAAGCUCUGUUUUCCCAAGUCAGUCUCCCAAACUCAAGAACAACAUUUUUAAAGACAGAAGACUUCAAACCAGGCAGUGAAGCACUCACUUUCAUGAUGUUUGUUUUAAUUGGAGUCCAAGGAUAAUGGUUUGCAGCUACCUCUUAUUGUUUAGAAGUCUGGAGCUAAACAGAAGAUUAAAAAUAAGAUUUCUCUAGUCAUGCUAUUAUUUCUUCUUCUCUAGAUUUCGCUAAAUCUUUCUCGCUUGACCUUAAAGUGACCUUGUGGGUCAUGGUCAGUGCAAAUAAAAUGAUGGAGCCAUUUUCAUGCUAUGUGUUAUAAUGCGAUGACUAAUCUAAACUAUUUGAAACAAAUAACCGUUCAGGAGAAAAAAGAAAUAAAAGUCCCCAGAAUGUGUCACCUUUGUCAUGAACAAUACCACUUUAUGAGAUUACUGUAUUCAGAGCUGAGUAAUAUUUCCCACAUGAUGUAUCAAACUGAAUUACUAGAGAUCAGACUCCUAUAUCCAUCAUUAUGUUCCACUCAUUCAGUUUUGUCCUGAGGGUGGAGUUUCCCUAAAAUAGUCUAAAGGUUGAAUUCCUGUACUUUUCCUCUGCACAGUGAUCUUACUCACCAGUGACAAGAACUAUUAGCUCCAAGGACAUGAAAUUGUCCUUUUAAUUUUACAUUCAUGUUUUCAGGCUUUAUUAUUCAUCAAAUUUGAAUGUAAAAAGUGGAACUCUUCACACUUUACAGUUGCGAUUUAGCAUGGAUUUAAACAGCAGCUUCACUGAGAAACCAUUAUUUAUUUAUUAGUUUAGAAAAUGAUCAGCCACUCUGAGUUUUUCAUGCAGGCUGAACAUGAAAAUAGUCUCCUACACCCAUUAGCUUUUUAUAGAAAAAAGAGCGAAAAGUGCUUGGUUCAGAAAACCCUGACAGAUCUACGUCACACUGUCACUUAACAUUCAUGGACUCACCCAUCACUCACGCCAGGAAGGGCUGUUGUUGGUUUACGUCUCAGCUAGUAGAAGCUAACCAUUAGCAUUAGCAACUCCACCACAUAGCAGAACUCCUUCAGGCUUGUGUUAUUUGUGGAGAUGAAACAUCAACAUUGCAGAACAAAUGAAGAGUCACACUGCUGUUGGCCUAUCAGAGACAAGUUGUCCAAAUAUCAGGAAAUAAGUCUCUUUUUGUUUUCUCCUUGUCCUGUUCGCUGUAAAACAAUCAGAAUUGAUGUGCGAGUGCUGAAGACAAGCCUUACAGUUUUACUCUCACAGGUGGAGCACUGCAGCUUCUGCUAUAAUGCCUCACCUGACACAAAAACUUUAUUAGAAAUAUGUUCAGUUUUAAAUCCCAACGAACACAGACAGAUACGAAAGAGAAAGGGAGGAGAAGAAAGGAAAAGGUGGGGAAAGAACAAAAAUUUCACAAAAAUAAACAAUAAAGGAUGUAGAAAAAUCUGCUUCUAGACCUGCAGAAAAAGAGAGAGAAAAAAAGGGAGGGACACACAAAAAGACAACAGAGAUGAACAAAAACACAACAGAACCAAAAUAUCACUGCGCUAGCAUGUGAGGAUAUAUAACAGGAACAAUUUUUGCUGAAAAGUACACGGUAAAAAAUUCACAGUGCAUUUAGUGCCGGCCACAGCCCUAGGUUAUGUGUUCAAAAUGCCCACUUUCUCCUCCAGCAGACUUCUAUAUCCUCAAACAGGGGCAUGGGUUUUAAUUCCCCUGAGUAGGAGUUACAAUUCCUCCUGGAGACCACUGCAAAUGUUUAAAAAAUGUGAGUAAAAUUGACCUUCAAAGAUCUGAUACUUAAAUUCUGCCUCCUUGUUUUACCUAACCUCUAAUUAGAGAUUAACAGGGAAAGAUUUACUCAUUUAAUGGAUUGAUUUUAUUUUAUUUUUUUAUCAAUCAACAGAGCAUUUAUUUUACAGCUCUGAAAAUGAAAAAAAAAUCUAGUUACAUUUUGGACUUCGGCCUAUCUGAAACUCCUAUAAUUUUGUUCUUCAGAGGAAAGAGGAAUGCUGAGGAAAACCUCUUUUUUUUCCCCCAAUUAUAACUCACCUCAAUGAAAAUGUUCUAACGUGAAGACAGGCUUUUGGAAUUUAGAGUUUGCAAAGGGUCUUGGCAUAAAUGAAUUAGCAAUAUCAGCAUAGUUAUUUAAAGCCUAAAGCUUUCUGUUAGCACACACAGAAAUGUACAAAUUAUUUCUAUUAACCAUGUUUUUUUAAAUAUUAGAUUAAUACACAACACUUCACAUGAGUGCUAACCUAAACCCUGUUACACCUUUUAAAUUAAAAUAUUUUAAUCAGCUCUGAAUACAACGAUUUGAGCUCUAUAGAACAAUAAAUUCCUCUUUUGCCUUAAAUACUUUGUAGCUCAAAUGUUCUUUAGCCUCUUUGUAAACCUUUAUAAAACUUAAGUACAUUUACCUUAAUAUAACAAAAGUAUGAUCUUUGAAAAUGUUUUAAAUGAACUUACCAUCUAAAAUCCACAAUGCUGAUGUCAAUAGUUCUAUUGAACGAUAACCCGACACAAAGUUUCCAGUUUCAAUAAUUAAAAAAAAUGUAUUUAUUUAUUCAGCUUCAAUAAUAUCCUCCAACAUGCAUCAAACCAACUACAUGUUUUCUGUCUUUUCAUUCUAUGAGAUAUGUAACUAACUCCUUACGUGCAUGUGCUUUUAGGCGUUUUUAUUUGACUUUAUUUUUGGUUGAGACAGAACAGAGGGCCAGUACAAAUUGCCGCUUGAGAAUUUGUGCAAUACAAUGAGGCGAACUUGUAUGUAAUGUCUAUAUUGUGUAAGUGUUGUAUGAUAAUCUUACUCUGAAUUAUUUCAUAACCUGAUUUGUUCUUUGUUGUAUUUAAAGAACUGGGACAAUUCCUAAUCAAGGCACAUGAUUGGUUUUGUAUGUUUUAUAUAUCUUGUAGUGUUGAGUUUAAACUCUGUUUCAUCCCAUGUCACAUUUUUCUGAUGUAUUCAGUUCAUUGGUCUCUGUUUGACUUUUGCCCAUUAAUUACCCCAAAGUCUGACAAAAUCCCAUAAAACACACCACACCGGUGGUGUUGUACAUCCCGUGAUUGUAUUGUGUUCAUUGUUAUCUUCAGUGGGUGUGAUGGCCCAUUCUUCUGUCUGAAGACAGGAUGUUUCAUCACUAGAGCAGCAUCUCGGAUAAAAAUUCAGCACUCUGUUAUCAAUAUCCCACCCAUCCUUGUUUGCUGUAUUGACAUGAACUUUUUUCCGAUGUCAGGCAUUCUGUGGGCUGCCUGGGUUAAAGCAAUAACUGUCUGAAUGCUGAAAUCAGGCAGAGGCACAGUUAAUCUAGUGUUAUCUCUGUGCUGAAGUAGGCAGACUUUCGCCACUCAAAUUGGGUUCAUUAGUUGAGGGGGAAAAAAACUCAAGUGAUGCAAUGUUUCUAUUUUUCCUAAAAUCAAAUAAUAAAUGUAAUAAAUACAUUUGAGAGACA